AAAAUAGUCCAUUCCACUGGUCAUGUGGACAUCCAAAUCAUCGGGAACUACAUCAGUAUGCUAAUGCUGUAGUAAUCAAGAGCAUAAACUAUACGCAAAUGUGGGACUGGAAAUCCAAGAAGGCCGCAGCACACAACGUGGUUCCGGGUUCAAAGUGAUGAGGGCUGGCAGUCUGCACUAUGGUUUCUGCGUUGUGGAGCCCUCUAACGACAGCCCUUCCAACUUGUCACGCAAGCCUCGACGGGUACGCAUCAGAGAUUUCAACUCACAAAUCGCUCGGAAUUAUCAUGCACAAGAUAAAUCACACUAUCGCGGUCAGCUUGUACCAGGCGAGCUGACUAGCAUGAUCUUUCGCCCAUUUACGGAACCGCUAGGGCCUGCACUGUUGUAUCGCAAGAUCGUUAGCGAGGAGUUGUUUGACGCGGAACGUACUUUUAUGGGCGAAAGUAGGAUUCUGCUGCUGAAAAGAAACAGAUUUGAAGAAGUGCAAAAUGUCGACGUAUUGGUAUUCUGACUAUACCUAAUGUUGACACCUUGUGAUAUAUAGUCCUCAUUCGCCGGUUUGCUACUUCCGAUCCUUCAGUCAUCAGCCAUGUUUGCAAGGUUUUUGUCUCAUCACCUUACCCGUGACAAAGUACUUGAGUA